GCUGGUAUUUUAAUAGAAGGGUAAAGGAAAAGCUCUGAAACCAGAAUGUUUCCCUUUGUGAGACUUUGCAUUGAUAAGGGAAAACAUCAUUUGUAAGGGUGCCUGCCUCUGUGUGGCAGAAAGAGGGAGGAGGUGUCACCAGACUGAUCAUUGGAAAGCCAUGGAGCUAAAUGUGGUCACAACCACAGCCUUGGUUUCCCUGCUUUGUGUGCUCUCCUUCCCAGCUGCUGUUGAGCAUCACUGUGGAGGCCAAGAAAAACAAGACUGUACCCACUCGGGUCUAGCCCUGAGAUAACUUGUGGGAAAGAAAUCCAGAGGACGAAGGGAAAGGAGAAAUGGCCAGUUCUCAGGGACAGCUGACCUUCAGGGAUGUGGUCAUAGAACUCUCUCAGGAGGAGUGGGGAUGCCUGACCCACACUCAGCGGCAACUCUACAGGGAUGUGAUGUUGGAGAACUACGGACACCUCUGCUUCUUGGGUCUCACUGUGUCAAAGCCAGACCUGAUCACUUUUUUGGAGCAAGAGAAGCAGCUCUGGGAUAUGAAGAGAAAGGAGACCAUAGGCUUCCAUCCAGCCAAAUCUUCACAUGACAUUCAGAAUUUCCUGCAAAAGCCGAGCAUAGAAGCUUCUUUCCAAAAAGUGACGAUGAGUAGAUACCAAAAUAGUGCUCUUGAAAAUGUAUACUUAAUGACAGACUGGGACGGUAAUAGGGAGAGGGAAGGGCAUCAAAGAUACCAUGAAGGACGUAGCCCAUCUGAGGCAAUGGCAUCUAAUAAGACUCAAAAUGACCCGAAUAGUGAAGGAUAUAAAACAUCGUGGAAAGCCUCCCUUUUUAAGUCAGCUGCUUCCACAAAGCAGUGUGUUUCUGUCAGCAAAAGCUCCAUUCAAGUAUUCCAACAUAGCUCUUUGCAGAAAGACAGUUUGGACAAUCUGGAAAGUUAUCUAGUCUGUGCUGAAAACAAUGAUUGGAACCAUUUUCAAAACGGGAUUGGAUUGACCCCAUCAGAUACUUCUGAAAAUCAGAGAUUGAAUAAUGAAGAACAAAGUGCUAAGCGGGAUCCACACGAGAGGGGCUUCACUGAGGAGUCGACCCUCCAGAAUGACCAGAGCCCUUCCAAUGGAGACAGCAAUGCUCAGUGCCCUGAAUCUGAGAAAACACUUAACCAGGGCUGCAGUGUUCAGAGACGUGUGAGGACUCAGUUUUCAGAGAACCACUAUGAAUGUUAUAAAUGUGGGGAAGUCUUUCAUCAGAGGUCUAACCUUAUUACACAUGAGAGUAUCCAUUUGGGUGAAAAUCCUGAUGAAUCCAGUCAGUGUGAGAAUGGUCCUCAGCAGUCCUCCAAUAUUGGUGAUGAUCAGAGAAUCCAUGAGGCCAAAAACCCAUUCAGAUAUGCUAAACGUGGUCCCACAUUUAGUCAGUCAUCAAGACUAAGUAGAAAGAAGAUGAUCCCUAGUGGAGAGAAAACACCCAUUUUUAAGGGAUGUGGUAAAGUCUUUGACUGGCACUCAACCCGAUCUCAGCAUCAGCAAAUGAGUACCGAAGUGAAAUCAUACAAAUGUGAAGAAUGUUGUAAAACCUUCAAGUACCGCUCAUCCCUAAGGAAACAUAGGCAAAUCCAUACUGGAAAGAAACUCUAUGAAUGUAAAGAGUGUGGCAAAGUUUUUAAAAUUUGCUCAACACUUGUUCAACAUCACAGAAUUCAUACGGGAGAGAAACCUUACAAAUGUAAGGAAUGUGGUAGGUCCUUUAGUCAGCAGUCAAACCUUACUCAACAUCACAGAAUUCAUACUGGAGAGAGGCCUUACAAAUGUAAGGAAUGUGGUAGGUCCUUUAACAAGCAGGCACACCUUACUCGACAUCACAAAAUUCAUACUGGAGAGAAGCCUUAUAAAUGUCAAGAAUGUGGCAAGGCCUUUAAGGAGAGUUCACGCCUUGAUCAACAUCACAGAAUUCAUACUGGAGAGAAACCUUACAAAUGUAAGGAAUGUGGUAGGUCCUUUAGCCAGCAGGCAUACCUUACUCGACAUCACAGAAUUCAUACUGGAGAGAAACCUUACAAAUGUAAGGAAUGUGGUAGGUCCUUUAAACAGCAGGCAUACCUUACUCGACAUCACAGAAUUCAUACUGGAGAGAAACCUUACAAAUGUAAGGAAUGUGGUAGGUCCUUUAACCAGCAGGCAUACCUUACUCGACAUCACAGAAUUCAUACUGGAGAGAAGCCUUACAUAUGUCAAGAAUGUGACAAGGCCUUUUCACAGAGGUCAUUGCUUAGUAAACAUCACCGAAUUCAUACUGGAGAGAAACCUUACAAAUGUAAGGAGUGUGGCAAGGCCUUUAAACAGCACUCAGUCCUUACUCGACAUCACAGAGUUCAUACUGGAGAGAAACCUUACAGAUGUCAAGUAUGUGACAAGGACUUUAAGUGUCACUCAACCCUUAGUAAUCAUCUCAGAUUUCAUACUGGAGAGAAACCUUACAAAUGUAAGGAAUGUGGCAAAGCCUUUAAACAGCGCUCACACCUUACUCAACAUCACAGAGUUCAUACUGGAGAGAGACCUUACAGAUGUCAAGUAUGUGACAAGGCCUUUAAGGGUCACUCAAACCUUAGUAAUCAUCUCAGAAUUCAUACUGGAGAGAGACCUUACAAAUGCCAAGAAUGUGGCAAGGCCUUUCACCAGAGCUCAUCGCUUACUGUACAUCACAGAAAUCAUACUGGAGAAAAACCUUACAAGUGUAAGGAAUGUGGCAAGGGCUUUUCAUUGCACUCAAAUCUUCUUAAGCAUCACAGAUCUCAUACUGGAGACAAACCUUACAAAUGCGAAGAAUGUGGCAAGGCCUUUAACCAGCGCUCACACCUUAGCAGACAUCAUAGAAAUCAUACUGGCAAGAAACUUUAAAAAUGUAAAGACUAGGAGUAAGGACUGUAAAACCCUUACAUCACAGACCUUGCAUCCAAUAUAACUGGAAAUAUCUAUACACAUCUAAAGAAGUCCACCCUCUCUCUCCCUGAAACUCACAUCGUAGUCAUAUGGGAGCAACAUGGUAAAAUGUGAUGAAUGUGGUGAGACCUUUAACUGGAAUUCAGUCUAUACUCAGUGUCCCAAAAUGCACACUAGAUUCAAACCCUAGAAAGAUGAUGAUUGUGGAAAGACCCUCUUUUUAAUAUACACAUUUGCAAACACAGAAAGUGCUAAAGAAGGUAAAUUGAAUCAUACAAAUAAUUAGAAAACUCUCUGAUUGAACAUCUAAUGUCAAUAAAUGUCACAAAUAUCAUGUAAAAGGAGUGUAUCAGUCCCUCUAUUCAGAUAGUACUUAUUAGUCCAAGGAAAAGAUAAGUUAAACACUUGGAAAAUGCAUAUGCUGUUACAUUGCAAAGAGUCAGUGGGGGAGUUUUUACAAGGGUAUAAUUAGUUUUGAUGUGCUUUUUGUUAUAUUGAGCCUUUUUGAGGUUUUUUACCAACAAAUAUUAAUGUACUUUAUUCUCAAAUCACUUCUGGAGAUUGACUUACUUGUAAUGGGUGCAUGAGUCCAUGAGCCUGAUUUUUGCUCAGUCAACGACAUUUGAUGCCCUGCUGCCCUCGGGGGGACUCACGCAUCCCACAUUUUCCUUGGAAGAUGAGAACUGUGUAAUACAAAACAUGAACGAAGAAAAUCUAAAUGGAGACACUGCUUAGGGUUAUAGCAUUGAUGUAAGUUGCCAUGAAAUAGGUGUUCAGAACAAUAUUUUUCUUCAUUUACUAAAACUAAAGAACUUCCUGAAUAUUAGACAUACAAGGUUUUCCUGAUUGCUCUUUAAGGAAAAAAAGGUGGCGCACCAGCUAACUACUGAUGUAUCUUCGUAAUAGCGAUCUUUAGAGAAUAGGAGUGGAUGCGAUUGAAAUGAAGAAAUCCUCCCCCAUAACAGAGAGAGGUUAUCUAACUCUUCCCUACCAUGCCAUAUAGCUGGACAUACACAUCUGUUGCGACUGUCAGCAGCACUGGAACUUAAGGAAGUCACUUCCACAUCAUGAUAUCAGCUAUGGGGGUUAACGCUUGUAUUCCGUAUUUUGAACAAGUGUAACAGUGGAUUUGAAAUGCAUAACAUAGUCUAUGUAUGAAUUUAAUGUACUUCAAUUAAUCAAACAUAAUGGUUUUUAAUAUGUUAACAUGAAUUUGUGAUGAGUGGUGUGUUAUUCUACCACCAAGCUGAACCUAUCUCUCUCUUUUUUUUUUAAGAUUUUAUUUGACAGGGAACACAAGC